AUGCACAAUAUAAAAAGCCUGUGCGGCCGCGGCCCGUGGCCCUCGCACUGCGGCCUGGAGCGGUUCGUCCUCUUCGACCGGCCGUUUCCGGGCCCUUCGGCGCGGCUUCCGCUCCAGUUCCGGAGACGGCCCCGCGGGGGUCGGGCGACCCCCCUUUCUCUCUUUGCGGCCCUGGACCAGCCGCCCAGCGCCGCGCUGCAUGGCGACCCAGGCGUGGCCUGGGUGGAGCUGGAGGAGGAGCUGCUCGAUGGAGGGCUGCGGGAGGAAAGCGGACUAUGUCUUCCCCAUGGCCAGUUCUCUUGGCCCCGCUGGGGUUCACUGCUGCUGGUCUCCCCGGAGUACCAGCCGCAGCUGCAGGCCAGAAUCCAACCAGACCCACAGAAGGUAAGUGCCAUCGUAUGGCUGGAACCAGAUGUGGCAGCUGCGGUCGCUGCCACGGAGGAUGGGACAGAAACAGCGAGCUGUCUCCCAGAGGACCUGCCACCCUAUCAUGCAGGCAACACCCACCCACCUCCUGUAGUAGGUGGGAGAUUAAAUCACCUAAAGUUUGUAAGCUCCAACGUACAAUCCAGACAGAAGGUGUUGCAAUCCAGUGCAAUUGAGUUAGCGGAUGGAGAACCCCGGACCUCUGGUCCUGCUCAUGACCACCCAGCCACCGCGGAGGACAGAGAGAGGGUUAGCACUGCAACCAAGUUUGCCCUUGGGCUCUGGUUGCAAUAUCUGGACAGGUGCAAGCGGAGCUCGUAUGAACCCAGAGACAGUAAAGGAAGGAGACAACAUGGGAACGUGUGACCCUCCCAGGGCGCUGGAGAGGGAGGCAUGUAAUCCCCUCCCUGACCCACCGUGACACUCGCGCUACAGUCACAACCUUUAUUACGGGUGAGAACUUCGCUACAACUUUGGGAAUAAAAAGUAAAAUUACAACAUAGGUCCGAGGCCCCAAAGGGGGCCUGAAAAACUGGGAAGGAAGAGACGAGGGUCCUCCCAGAAAAGGUGCAGAAAGAACCAGGCCUACCAAAGGGACGCAGGUCUCUCGUGGCUUAGGCCUUGGGAUGUUUGGCAUAAGAAAUACUGUGAAUUGAGCCAGGCAUGGUGGCACACUCCUGAAUCCCAGCUACUUUAGGAGGCAGAAGCAGGAGGAUCAUGAGUUCAGGACCACCCCAGGCAAAUCAGUAAUACCCUUUUUCAAAAACAAAUACAUACACAAGGGCUCUACUUCAACUAAGACACAGCAUUUGUCUAGAACAUAAGAGAGGCCCUGGGUUCAAUCCCCCAGUACCACAAGAAAAAAA